AUAGAGCAGGUGGAAACGAGGGACCACCUGUUUGAGAAAGUAAAGCACGCCUGCUGCCUGAGCCUCCGGAGCAAACAAUCGAGGAUCAUGGCUGUUGACACAUUGCAGUCGUCCAAGCUGUACGUCUGCGUCGUCGGCGCUGGGGCCUCCGGCCUCGUCUCCGCCCGUGAGCUCCUCAGAGAAGGGCACUCCGUCGUCGUGCUGGAGCAGAACCACAACCUCGGCGGCCAGUGGCUCUACCAAGAUGCCGCCUCCGCCACGGCCACAGUCCACAGCAGCGUCUACGCUUCCUUGCGCCUCAACGCCCCGAGAAUUUACAUGGAGUUCACCGACUUCAUGUUCACUCCCGUCGAAGGAAGAGACACCAGGAACUUCCCCGGCCACCGCGAGCUCUUCCUCUACCUCAAAGACUUCGCCCGGUGUUUCGGGUUGAACGAACUCAUCAGGUUCAACACAGAAGUAGUCCACGUCGGCAUGGCGGCAGCAACUGGCAAAUGGAUUGUGAGAUCAAGGGACAGGAGAACUGAUGACGGUGAGAUCGUGGAAGAGAUCUUUGAUGCGGUUGUCGUCGCCACCGGCCAUUUCUUCCUACCCAGGCUCCCAAAAAUCAAGGGAAUGGAGGAGUGGAAGAGAAAGCAGCUUCACAGCCAUGUCUACAGAGUCCCAGAGCCAUUCCAAGAUGAGGUGGUAGUGGUCGUUGGUGGCUCAAUCAGUGGACCAGAGAUUGCUCUGGAGCUUCUUCAUGUUGCCAAAGAAGUCCAUAUAAGUACUAAACACGUCGAAAUCCCUCAUAAAUUAGUGAAGCCUGUGUCCAAAUAUGCACAUCUGCUCUGGCACCAAGAGAUUGAGUUGCUUUGUGAAGACGGAACUGUUGUAUUUGCUGAUGAUUCAAGUGUAGUUGCUGAUACUAUUCUCUACUGUACUGGGUAUUCAUAUUCAUUUCCAUUCCUGGACACCAAAGGAAUCAUCCAUGUGGAUGAGAACAGAAUUGGACCUUUGUAUGAACACACAUUUCCUCCCUCUCUCGCUCCAUCCCUUUCUUUUGUUGGGAUUCCAAACAAGUUUGUCAUCUUUCGAUUUUUGGAGUCACAAGCGAGAUGGAUAGCUCAGGUGCUCUCUGGGAAGAGGAAGCUGCCGUCGGUAGAUGAGAUGAUGAAGGCAAUUGAAGAAGUCCAGCGGCUUCAAAAGCUCGAGGAACCAAAAAAUAUCAUACAAGUAGCAGCUGAAAUAUUGGAGUAUUAUGAUAGGUACGGAGAUCAAUGUGAUUUUCCACACUUGGAAGAUUGGAGAAAAGAGAUCCUCCUGCAUUACUUGGAAAAUGUCAUAAACAACAUCGAAACAUUCAGGGAGGAAUAGCCAGGAUGGUAAUUUGCUUCAAGUGGUUCUUCUUGGAAAUUUGAAAACCCAAUUAGCCAUCUCUAUCAAUUUUUCUUGUACUUUUAUUAUUUACAUUAUCAUUGAUAAAUGAAAUGAGAAUCAACUUGGGGUCAA